AAACCCCUAUUCUUCUUCUUCUUCUUCUUCGACUGAGGCGACAUACAUAGGGUUUUACUCCCCCGAUCGUCGAGUGGUGGGCUGCGACAGUCAGUAACACUAGGUACGUAUCCAUCGUCGAACUUUGAUAAACCUGAUUUUCUCAUUUUCGUGGUUCUCCGGUUUCCACUUUCCAGUUCCUGGCUUAUGACUCGGUUUUUGUUCUUUCUUAUGCUUUGUUGUCGGACUUUCGCAGUAGGGUUUUGUUCCGUUUUGUCAGCAAUUGAGUGGAUGGAUAUUUUGAGUUUGAUUUGUAGCUUUUGCUUAUCUCCCGAUUUGUGCUGUAACUGAGAAGGUUGUUUAUUGGGUUGUGGAGAAACUGGGUUUGUGGUUUAUUAUCACUUAGAUUUGUCUUAUAUAAGCAAAUACUGGUUGAGCGUGAUUCUCUUGCUCGGUGGCAAAGGUGUAGACUUCAGUGCGUCUUUCCUUAGAAAUCCGUAUUUCUUGAAUAUAUAUGUGAGGUGGGUAUGGUCGCUGGACUGGAUUUAGCAGUGAAAUCUUGAAAGUUUGCUUCUAUGCGACGAGGGAGCUCCAAAAUGAUAUGUUUCCCCCUUUUUCUUUUCGUAGCAUGGUUUACUUACUUCUUUGCUGCCUUCAUUGAGGACAAUUAGCAAGAUUCGGAUUUAUUUCCCAUUAUUAAUCAUUUUUUGUUGGUUUUGGUUUUGUUUCUACCUUCCAGUGGUCAUUUGAUCACUUCACAUGGUUGUCUGAUGGUGUACUAUCAUUCCUUUUGAGCAGAGAUUAGAAUGGCCUUUUUUAGCAAACUUGGGAAUAUACUCAAGCAGGCUUCAAGCAAGCAGAUAGCUGCUCAAUUUUCUGCAUCGAGGCCCUCCAUCUUUCAAGCCAUACGAUGCAUGUCAUCUUCGAAAGUAUUUGUGGGAGGUAUUUCGUACAACACAGAUGAAAAUUCAUUGAGAGAGGCUUUUAGUAAGUAUGGAAGUGUCAUUGAAGCAAAAGUCAUUAUGGAUCGCGAGUCUGGCAGAUCUAGGGGAUUUGCAUUUGUUACAUAUACUUCCAGUGAGGAGGCAUCGAGUGCUAUCCAAGCAUUGGAUGGGCAGGAUCUUCAUGGUCGCAGGAUAAGGGUAAAUUAUGCAGCGGACAGGAAUCGUGGCUUUGGAGGCGGUGACGGUGGCUAUGGAGGUGGUGGCGGUGGCUAUGGAGGUGGUGGCUAUGGUGGCAGUGGUGGUGGUUAUGGUGGUGGAGGCUACAACAGUGGUGGAGGCUAUGGAGGAGGCGGAUAUGGAGGCAGUGCUGGAGGCUACGGCGGCGGUCAAAGUGGUGGUUACGGUGGUGGUAACCCAAACUCAGGCUUUGGGGGAAACCCUAGUGGAGGCUUCGGAGGCUCUCCGGCUGGAAGCACUUAUGGCAGUGGCGGAAGUGGAGCAUUUGGGGGUGGUGCUGACGAUUUUGGUGUAGCCAGUGGGAAUGUGUACAACAGUGGUCCUGCUGAAGGGGCAUAUGGUGGUAGUGAUGCUUCAAACAACUUUGGCGUUGCUGGUGGUGUCAGUGGCAGCGAUGAUUUUGGUAGCAGUGCUGGAUUCGGAGGAAGUGCUGAACAAUUUGGCGCUACCACAGAAAGAAGUGAGGCUGAUGGUGGUUUUGAGUUUGAGGCAGCGGGUGAAAAUGAGCGUGCGGAUGAGGAUGCUGACGACUUCGCUAAGAGGGCUUGAUAUCUGCUCGAUUGUUAUCUUACCGCUGCUCAGUACAACUUUUCUUGCUCUCGGUCGUUUUAGUUUCUGCCUGCCUCCCCUUUUUGUUUUCCGUUGAAUGUUAUAGUUAUUGCCUGAACUUUGAACCUGUUGCUGCAAGUGGGGGAAGUACUGGAGUGUCGUUAAUUUUUUUUGGAGAGGAAGUAGUUCGUCUGUUGGAAUAAUUUUUAAUAAUUAAC